UGAUGAGAUAUAUAUUAUGCUCAUUUUCCAAUAUAAAUCUUCACAGAUCCGCAACUUACUAAUUAUACUAUUAAGGAUCAAUUGUAUAUUCAAACCUCAUUCUCUUCUGUUUCGUACUGUAGCUGAUCAGGUACUUUCAAUUGUAAACUCAGGUAAGCGAUAAAUUCUAUAGCAAAUUGUCGAAAGCAUUGUCAAAAUUUCCUAGGUUGAAUUUUUGCAAAAAACGUCCGCAAAAAUGCUCAUUAUUUAUUUUUGAAACUUCGACCUCUAUAUAUUUUUUCUCACAUCAAAAAUCCUACUCAUGGAAGAGGAGGAAUAUUACGAUUCAAUAGACGACACGGCAUUUCCGGAAUGUAGGAGCUUUUGCAACGACAAAUUUUUUGAAGAUGACUCCGAAAUAGAGGAAGAUAAUUCCCAAAAAGUCAGCCAUUUGGUGCCGUUCUACAAUGGAAACGUUGAAAAGUCCGAGAUCGAAUCCAUUAAAAAUGACUCCAAGAGCAACAGUGUCACAACCUUCAGAGCAUCGAAACUCGGGCGAAGAGCUUCGCUGAUGUCUCUGACUGAUCAUAGAAGGAACCGGUCGCAUUUGACCAUGUUUUAUGCGAAAAACGGCACAACUGAAAAAUCUGAAAAAGUUCUGGCCGACAGAGCCACUUGUUCGGAGUUGUCUCCAAAAACUGAUCUUUUAAGCACAUUCGAUGAAAGCGCUUCCUGUUGUGAAAAUGCUAAUUCCUGCAGUAUGUGUAACAGAUUUUUGGAAAAAGACGACAAUGAAACUUGCAACACUGAAUGCAACGCUUUUCGGUGCGGGUCUGAGAUUACAUUAGGAAGCAAACUGCUUAGUGUUUCUCAGGCCAAUUUUAACUCGCUAGCUCCGUCCAAACAACGGUUUAAACGUGAAACCUCCAAAAAUAGGCGCUCAUCAAAACCGAUUAAAUUAUGCGAACUUGGCGGGCUUGGACCAAAUAUCGCACAAGAGAAGCUGGAACAGUUGCGAAGAAGGCAAGACUACGGAAAAACAGUGAGUGAAAAAAAUCGCAUUAAAUUCAUGGAAACUAAGGUGGUUCGAAAAUUAAGACAGGAAAUACGGAAAAGCAACAAAUUUUAGUAUAGAAAAGGCUAACUUUUGCAACCACUUCACAUUCAUUAUUGCUAUUGUAAAAUUUGUCGAGAUUUAGUUACUAAAUAAAGCAAAAAUAUCAGA